AUGGUGAAGAAGGUUUCAGAAGAGAGUGUAGAUAGCGGUGUAGGCCGCUGCAGUAGUCAGUCGGGCAGUGAGCGCGAAUCGGACGAGAGCCCCCGUGGCAACGAGCCGUCAGCUCCCGUCCCCAUCCCCGACAGUGAAGAUUUGCAGCGGCGCAAGGAAGAGGCGCGCAGGAAGCGCCGCAGAAAGAAGCGUUCAGGGAGCUCCGUUGUCACGUCAUGUUUCCAAGACCUCUACAAGCUUACAGGGGAGGUUUUAGGCGAGGGCGCGUAUGCUUCGGUACAGACGUGCGUGAACAUCUACACGGGCCAGGAGUUCGCUGUGAAGAUCAUCGACAAAGUGCCGGGGCACGCCCGCGCCAGGGUGUUCCGUGAGGUGGAGACCUUCCACUACUGCCAGGGACACCCGAACAUAAUCCAGCUCAUUGAAUUCUUUGAGGACACAGACAAGUUCUACCUUGUCUUCGAGAAGAUCAACGGCGGUCAGCUCCUGUCUCGCAUACAGGAGCACCACUAUUUCUCAGAGCCGCAAGCGGCAGAGAUCGUGCGUGAGAUAGCGAAUGCUUUACAUUUCCUCCACGGGAAAGGUGUCGCACACCGCGAUCUCAAGCCGGAGAACAUAUUAUGCGUUCACCGUGAUAGACUAUGCCCAGUGAAGAUAUGCGACUUCGAUCUUGGGAGUGGAAUAAGUUUCACUUCGAGCCUCGCAAGCCCGCUGGCGACCCCGCAGCUUAUGACGCCAGUGGGCAGCGCGGAAUUCAUGGCACCAGAAGUGGUGUCUCUAUUUGCGGGCUCAGCUGCGAAUCACUACGACAAGCGAUGUGACCUGUGGUCGCUCGGAGUGAUCGCCUACAUCUUGCUAUGCGGCUACCCGCCGUUCCGGGCCGACUGCGGCUCCGACUGCGGCUGGGAGCGCGGCGAGAACUGCCGCGCUUGUCAGGAGCUGCUCUUCAAUUCUAUUCAGGAGGGACGGUACACCUUCCCCGAGGAGGAGUGGGCGGAUAUAUCCAGCGAAGCUAAGGAUCUCAUCCGUCAGCUGUUGGUGCGCGAGGCCUCGCACCGCCUCAGUGCCGAGCGGGUGCUCACCCACCCCUGGCUGCGUCGGGCCGACCCUCUCGCGCACCAUCCGCAGUUGCAGACCUCUAUUAAUAUUAAACGCAACAUGUCCGCGCGCAACCUGUCGAGCUUCGCGGAGUCUGCGAUGGCAGUGAACCGGGUGAUCCAGCAGCACUUCUCGAUGAACUACUCGUACAUGGAGCGGCCGGCGCGCGCCCUGCGCGGCAGCAAGUCGCAGGCGGCGCGCGAGGGCUGCGCCCCGCUGGGGCUGUCCCCGCCCGCGGAGUCCGAGCUGCUGCGGCGCCGCCUGCACCCCGCCGGCGACCCGCUGCCCGUGCACUAG